AUGGGAAAAUUCUGCAAGAAUGGCCGUGAAGUUACUGUAGAACUCUCUAAGUACCUUUAUGUAUCAAGUGGGGACCCUUUGAUUGUCCAAGGCUUCAACGACCGCUUCCGUCUCAACCUCUUCCUAGCCACGAUUCUCGACGUCGUCAUUGCCGAAAAUGAGCGCACAGCUCCGCCGAAAAAUCGCAGUCGAAUCGCACGUAAGCACUUGGCACAAACCCUGAUUCUAUGCGAAGAAGAUCUCAAGGAAAAUGUUCCCGGAUUCGUCUCAACAGCCGUAAAUGACGAUCUUCUCGACUACGCUGAGCUGCAGGACACCCAUCACGAAUCGUUGUUCACGAAACUGAGAAAACUCGAAGACCUCAAUAAAGAAUGGACCACCCUGAUGACCAAAGACCCCAACGAAGUAAUCAUCUUCCACGACUUCAUCUCCAAGUAUGGCGAUUACCGCGAUGGCAUACAGAAAGCAAUCAAAGCACUACAACAAAUCGACAGCAGUGAGACUUUCAUCCAAGAGGAACUAGAAAAAAGAGGAAUCGCUCACACUUUCAACGCGUACUCGACUCCACAUUCACAAGACAACAGCAACGUCUCCCACGAAAGAAGCAAAAUGCUAAGACAAAGCGCCUCCGCCUAUCCAUACCACGAAGAACUCCAGCCUCCACCGACGUCCACCUAUCCCCCACUAUUCCCAUCAACCGCGCACCCCCACACGAUCGCUCCGAAUACCUCCAACCAAACAUUCUCUUCAACCAUCUAUUCUCUACCUCCUUCGUCGAGUACCCAUCCCAACGCCACUCAUCCCACGAUUCAACAGGAAACACUAAACCUCAACUAUUUCGACGCGUCGCUGCUCACCCGUCUCGACCUCCCUUCAUUCACAGGGAAUCUCCUAGAAUUCCCAGAAUUUUGGGCUCGAUACCACGCCCUCAUCCAUUCCAAGUCAACACUAUCAGGAGUAACCAAAUUCUCCCUCCUGAAAAGCUGUGUCAAAGGACGAGCUCUUCAAACGAUUGAUUGCCUUCAAGUCACCGAUGACAACUACGCAAUAGCUAUCGAUAUCCUGCCCGCUACUUACGACAACCCGUCCACCCGACCCCGCCAUCUGAUCUAUACGCAGUUGUCGAGUCUUCCGCAGUGCGACCCAGAUUCCAAACAACUACAAGACCUCUACUUGAGAAUGCUUCGACUCGUACGACAGCACACCGCCAUGUUCACGCCAUAUUCACCCGAGUUCGCACUAGGAGCACUAUUGUACAACAAACCGCGUUUUGUCAGAGCAAGAAUUUACGACAUGACAGACGGACAAAAGAACCUGACACCUUCCGAGUUGAUAAGGCUGCUUGAACAGAUCGUAAGAAAGGAAUCGACGUUACGACAAAUGGACCUUUCUACCACUCCGCAUCACACAUCGUACCACAUCUCCGAGAAAGUACGACGCCAACUACGACCAAUACACAUCCAGCAGCAGGACAACCAAAACAGAGGGACCACGCCACAACAUCGCCGAAUAGUACGAUGCCCAUUUUGCAAUCGAACAUCCCACAAUGCCAUACAGUGUCGCAUCGUUCAAACGGCCGAGAAAAGAAGGAAAUUCGCGAAAACCAGCAGAAUGUGUCUUAAAUGCCUACAACAAGGACAUCGCGCAAUCAGCUGCAGUCGCCCUCCAUGUCACAAGUGCGAAUUCCAUUACCAUCCAGCUCUUUGCUUCAAGAUCGCUCCCACCACGGAUAAUUCAUCAGCCAGUCGCAGACCACACAAACCCACAUCUCCUCAAAACACGCGUCAACAUAAUGGUGAACGCGUCACUCGCAACAUGCACUCUAGGCCGUAA